AUAGUGAAUCGUCAUUUUUUUUAUGUAUCGAUAUCUUCAAUUGGAUGAACCAAAAUUUCACUUGACAUUUUUUAGGCCCAUGUAUGACUGAUUGGAGGAACCACCAUUGUUCAGUGGGUCCAAAAAGCAUCACUACCGACAGAUAGCCGUAGAUUUACAUCAGCGAACCAUACGCCUUUGUAAACGAACACUCAUCGUUGCUUAUGUAUGUUGACUUGGUUUCUAGCUUCGAACGCGUUAUCAGCGAGUACAAAAGCCCCGUUGCCCCGUACGUACAUACCCUUUCCACUCUAGAUGGCUGCGACUGGGAAACAAGAAGUUGUCGACGACAAAGACAUGCGAUUGGUUGAUCUCAGAAUCAACGAUCUCACAGAAUCACAUAAUCAUGAUCGUAUGAUUAUGGUUGCGCCAAAGGAAGAACCAGACUCCGAGGACAACUCUCCACCGGGUUUUAGUGUGAUGCCGGUGGAGAUGCCGAUGCCCUUGAAUUCGGCCCCUCCUCAGAAGCGAGUGUCAACGAAGGACCGACAUAUCAAGGUUGAGGGCCGAGGGAGGAGGAUCCGAAUGCCCGCCACCUGUGCGGCCCGAAUCUUCCAAUUGACCAGGGAACUUGGUCACAAAUCUGACGGAGAAACAAUCCAGUGGUUAUUAGAACAUGCCGAGCCAGCAAUCAUUGCUGCGACGGGUACCGGGACCGUCCCCGCUAUAGCCAUGUCCGUCAAUGGCACUCUUAAAAUUCCGACCACUACUAACGCUAGCUCCGAUCCAACCGACCAAGCCGUCAAGAAAAAGCGUAAACGACCCGCUAAUAGUGACUAUGUGGAUAUUAAUGACGCUCCCGGGUCGGGCUUUACAUGUCUUGCCCCGGUAUCAACUAGUAUCCAACCCCACCAACAGCAACAACAACAACCGGCGCUUGUGCCACAGGGACUUGUUCCAGUGUGGGCAAUACCAUCAAACGCCGUCGUUCCGGGCGCUUUCUUCAUGGUCCCACCUUCCAACCAGCCUCAUAUAUUCGCGUUUCCGGUAACGACUACGCCUCUGUUCAAUGUAUCAGCCACGCCUAUAUCGUCCUUUCUAGCAGCCAAUAUAGCGACCGCUACGACUAUUUCGAGCUCAACAAUUUCAGGUCCGAAGCCAGCUGAAGCAACGACGUCGUCAGUCAUGGCGCCAUGUUCGAGCUCUUCUCCAAGUACCAGUAAUAAAACUACUCAGUUGCGCAGGGACUUCUCUCUUGAAAUCUAUGAUAAGGAGGAGCUCCAGUUCAUGUCUCGUUCUGCAAAACACUGAACAAAACACGCAAUGUUGCGUCCACGGUCCGCCAUUAACGAGCUGCAAGAGCGAGAGCGAUAAAGAAGAGCCCGUGGUCACGUGGGGAGAAAGCAUUGAAGUUACCGCACGUUUAAGUGGGGUCAGAGUAGGCGAGUGGGGGCCAUAAGUUGCGGACCCCCCGUGGACCAUAGAAAAAAAAAUGAAAAAUAAGAAGAAAAUUUAAAAGGCGUGGGUGGGGCCGCCCUUCUCAUGUGAUGCUGGCGCGGGACCCAAGACAAACGGUGGGACCAAUUGGGACCAUUUCAGCAUUGUAUCCCAGGUAGGUCCGGUGGUGGUCCCCCAUUGGUUGGCGGGGAUCGAUAAGCCUGGGAUGGGGUAAUGGUGGUCCAUCACUUUGUCAGGGGCCGACACGUGGGGGUCUUAACAAAAGCUUUUCAUUUUUUUUUUAAUAGUUGCUUACAAAAAGAAAACGUGAUGGUGAUCAAAGAUGAUGUUAAAGUGGCAUCAGAAUCGGAUGCCUGUUGAUCC